AUGAGGUCGAGAGAACCAACCGAUGCCCCCUCGAAUGAUCGAUGGUUAUGUGAAAUUUGCACUUAUUUGAAUUCACCGGGCGAUUUUAAGUGUGACGUAUGCGGACAAGGUCAACGGUUAACAAGGCUCCAACCGUACACGCGUUUUAACAAGGAUAAUGAUGAACACAAUAUGCCUAUCAAAGAACCGCCCGAUGCCGCACGAGAACCAUGGAGUAAGCUGUAUAGCAAGCAAGAUGAAAAGCCCGAGGAUUUUGUUAACAAUCAGCUUUUAGAAAAGAAAACAUCUGAUGUUUAUCCAUCGUUGGCCUCACGCGAACGUGACGAAACCGGUUGGUCAUGUUCAAAGUGCAAAUCCAAAAAUUCUUCGGAAGUUGAUGUUUGUCAAAGGGUGAUUCUUUCGAGAGCGUACCAGGCUUUACACCGACUUUAUCCGGAUUGUUCGAGAGUAACAGGACUAGUACAACUUGAGCUCCUGAUGACGAAUAUCACGUUCAAAAGAUUCUAAAACAACGGCACGGUGACCUUCUAGACCUGUGAAGAUCCCAUUUUCCAGCAGAAUAGACCUUUUGUGGGCAUUUUCACCAUUUUUUAGUGAAGCACUUUCAUGAGCUGAUACCGUCAGAUUAGAUUCUAUAUGUGUAGAGCUACAAAAUCACUA